UGCAAUCUCAAUAUAUAGAGGCCAUCAGGGACCAGCAUGUUAAAUAUCUUCUUGGCAAUCCCAUAAUGGGAAGGAUGACGUGGAGUCACUUUUGGUUGUGUUUCCUGGCACUGUCAGUUCCAAACAUCGCCAAUGUCCAAGCAAGACAAGCUCUCAACCAUGUCAACAGCAUCUGCAGCACCUGGGGCCGGCACCACUUCAAGACGUUUGACGGGGACGUGUACCAGUUCCCCGGCUUGUGUGGAUACAACCUGGUGUCCGACUGCCACGAGAUGUACAGAGAAUUCUCGGUGCACAUCCAGAAGAGCUUGGUAGAUGGCCACCCCACGGUGAACGAGCUGGUUGUCACCAUCAACGACCUUGUGUUCCAUCUGACGAAGAGGGCUGUCUCAUUGAACGGUGAUCUUAUCAACUUGCCGUACUUAAAUGCGGGGAUUCAACUGGAACGGAAUGCGGUUUACACCAAGCUCCAGGCCAAGGUCGGCCUGGUUGUAAUGUGGAAUGGUGAUGAUGCUGUGAUGGUGGAGCUGGAUUCUGAUUAUCAUAACCGCACUUGUGGCCUUUGUGGGGACUUCAAUGGCGUCUACAAUGAAUUCGUUCACCACAAUCGCAAAAUCCACCCCAUUGAAUUUGGCAAUGGACAGAGAGUCCAUCGACCAAACGAUGAGUGUGAGGACCCCUACGAGGAGGAAGAGCAGGAGCUGGACGCCCAGGACCUAGAAUACCCGGAACUAGAAGACCAGGCGGUUGAGGUCCCCUGCAAGGAAUUUCGCCCAAUAUGCGAAAAGGUGAUCCACUCUGAAGCCUGGAGCUCUUGUGCAUCGCUGGUGGAUCCGGCCCCAUACACCCAGGCCUGUGUGCAGGACAUGUGUGGCUGUGGCAAUAGCACCAAUGACUUCUGCGUCUGCAGCACACUGGCAGAGUUCUCCCGCCAGUGUUCCCAUGCCGGGGGUCAGCCGCCCAGCUGGAGGACGCCCCAGUUCUGCGCUAAGAUGUGCCCCUUCAACAUGGUGUAUGAAGAGAGUGGCUCUCCAUGCAUGGCUAGCUGCACAGUGUCAGACAUCAGCUCGCUCUGUGAGGACCACAAAAUGGAUGGCUGCUUUUGUCCUGCGGGAACGGUGUGGGACAACAUUUCACAGAGAGGUUGUGUCAGCCAGACUGAAUGCCAGUGUAAACACGAUAAAAUCUACAACUCCGGGGAAGUUUACCGACAGGAUAGUGAAGAAUGUUUAUGCUAUCAGGGAAGAUGGGACUGUAAGAGUCUUCCCAGUCCGGCUACUUGCGCAGUGGAAGAGGGUUCCCAUGUGACUACUUUUGAUGGGAAAGCCUACAUUUUCCAUGGGGAUUGCCACUACGUACUGGCUAAGAUCGAAAGCAAGGAUGAUACCAGCCCCAAGUUCACCAUCUUCGUCCAGCUGGUCCCAUGUGUGAACCAGGAGUUUGACACUUGUCUGAAGAGUGUGAAGGUCCUACUGAACAAUGACAAAAACAACAUGCUAGCGUUCUCUGCAGAUGGAAAAGUGAGGCACAACAUGCAGAUCAUCAGCUUGCCAUACAACACAGGCGACAUCAACAUAUUCCGGGCAUCGUCGUUCCACAUCCUGCUCCAGACCAGGUUUGGGUUACAGAUUCAGGUCCAGCAUGUUCCGGUCCUGCAAGUCUAUGUGACCCUUGAACCGAGAUACAAAACAAAGACAAGAGGUUUAUGUGGAAACUAUAACAUGAUGCUGUCCGAUGAUAUGAAGACACCUCAAGGGAUUGUGGAAGGCACUGCAUCCUCUUUUGGGAAUUCCUGGAAGUCUAGUUCUACCUGCCCGGAGAGAGAUGAACGUCUGGAAAGCCCCUGUUCCGUCAGUGUGGAGAACGAGCGAUAUGCUGAACAUUGGUGCUCGAUGUUAACACGUCCAGACGGCCCAUUUACAAACUGUCAUGCAAUGGUCGAUCCAGAACUGUACCACAAGAGAUGCAUCUACGCCACAUGUAACUGUGAGAAAACCGAAGACUGCAUGUGUGCCGUUUUCUCCUCCUAUGCACGAGCUUGUGCUUCGAAAGGAGUUUUCCUGAGCGAUUGGAGGGUGAACGUCUGUGAUAAAUACACAAGGGGCUGCCCGGAAAGCCAAAGCUUCUCCUACAAGCUGCAGCGCUGCCAGUGGACAUGCAGGCAGCUGAGCUCAGAGCAGCAGAGCUGCACCUCUGACUUCCUGCCUGUGGACGGCUGCUCCUGCCCUGAGGGGACGUAUCAGGAGGAACACGGUGCCUGUGUGCCCAUGAACAAAUGCCCCUGCUAUCACAAUGGAGUCCACAUAAAGCCAGGCAAAUCGAUAAGCAUCAAAGAGCAACACUGGUUAGUCGUGAGCUCAUUUCUCAUCAAAAUCCAUUCGUCUUAG